AUGUCCAAGCCGAUCAUUCUCUACUCCCACAAGGGCGGCCCCAACCCAUGGAAGGUCGCCAUAAUUCUCGAGGAGCUAGGCCUGCCCUAUGAAACCAAGUUCGUCGAGUUUCAGGACAUGAAGGAGGGCCCAUUGAUCGACGUCAACCCCAAUGGACGCGUCCCUGCCAUCGAGGAUCCUAACACGGGCGUUGCGAUGUUCGAGUCCGGCGCAAUCGUCGAAUACCUCGUCGAAACCUACGACAAGUCCAACAACCUCACCUACACCUCCUCCCCCGAGAAGUAUCUCUUAAAGUCAUGGCUGCACUUCCAGAUGUCAGGCCAAGGUCCCUACUUCGGCCAAAAGGCGUGGUUCGAACUGUACCACCCGGAGAAGAACCUCAAGUCCGCCAUCGACCGGUACGCCAACGAGAUCAGGCGCGUGCUGGGCGUUGUUGAUGCGCACUUGAAGAAGCAGGGCACCGAGUACCUGGUUGGCGAUAAGUGCACGUAUGCGGAUUUGGCGUGGGUGCCGUGGGAUAUGGCGCUGCAGUUCUUGCUUGGGGAGGGUGCGAAGAAGGUGGAGGAGGAGCUGCCGACGUACAAGGCGUGGCAUGAUAGGCUGAUGGCUAGGCCGGCGGUGCAGAAGAUCGUGGAGGAGAGGACGAAGGCCAACAGUCAGUAA